GGUGGUGACUCAUGAGGACUUUCUCAGAGGAGACCAGAAUGUAUUUGACACAUACCUGGAGACCGACAGCUUUCUUGGCCCUGGUGCUGGGAGGAAUCAUCAUCCUCAGCUACACCUUCCACAGAACUGACACUAAGAAUUUCAUUUGUGGAGUGCUGAAGAAGCAGUCAGAAGCAAACGGAAUGGCUAUGGAUAUUGACAUUUCUAGCAUUGAAAUCGCAGGCAGCAGGAGCAAAAUUUGGCCAAUGAAAGAUGGAACCCCGAGACAUACUAGAAUGGAAUGGGCAAAAAAGGACAGAGAAAGUAAAGCUGUCCUUAGAAAACUAGACGACCUGAUGCCCAGCAUCACUUUCAUGGAUAUAAAUACCACCACAAGUGCUAAGAACAGCAAGGCCACCAUCUUAAACUACAAAGGCUCUUAUUGUGUUGGCGAGCAUUUGAUGGUUCGACUGGAUUUAUACAACUACUUGGGCAAGAGGAAGGAAUACGGAGGAGACUUCUUACGAGCGAGGAUCUUCUCUUCAAGUCUUAGGGCCGGAGCUUCUGGGCACAUCACAGACUAUAGGAAUGGGACGUACCUGGUCAAUUUCACUUUAUUUUGGGAGGGUGAUGUCAGAGUGUCCGUCUUGCUCAUCCACCCCAGCGAAGGAGUUUCUGCACUGUGGGCUGCAAGGAAAAAAGGCUAUGACAAAAUAGUUUUCACGGGCAAAUUUUUAACUGGGACAUCAAGUGUCCACACUGAAUGUGGUUUUAACAAGACCACAGACACAGAACUGUGUGAGUAUCUAGAUGUACGAGACCGAGAGGCCUUCUAUUGUGAGAAACCAAAUAAUGUACCUUGCGAUGCUUUUGUUAGCCUGAAGUCCAACAACAAGCUCAUCUCCUACCUCACUGCCUUGGAACACAGCCUUUUUAGCAGGUCCAACACUGGAGAUGAGAUCCCUCAGACAUUUGGGGACAUUCGUGUCAUUGCCUGUGAAAGCAUGGCGAUGACCACUGCGAGCGAGAAGUGCAAGGUUGGCAUGAGGUCCCCAUCUCCCAGGGGCUUCGUCUGGCAGAACCAGUGGCAUCCUGUGUUCUGCAGCAUGUCAGCUUUCCAUACCUUGGAUAGGAUUAACGCUUGCUUGAAACAAAAGAUCAUUUACCUCCUGGGAGACUCAACUGUGCGGCAAUGGAUGGAGUAUCUCACAAAGAGAGUCAAUACACUGAAAUAUCUCAAGCGCUAUGCAAUCGGGAAACCCGACCGACUGGUCGCAGUGGACAUGGCUAGAAACAUUCAAAUCAAUUGGAAAAAACAUGCUCACCCCUUUGUAGGCUCUUCUGAGUACACAGUGAAAGACCACAGCUAUGUCGCUUGGGACAUCGACCUUGUGGCAGGUGACAGAGACACAGCAGUUGUCAUCUCUCUGGGCCAACACUUCCGCCCCUUCCCCAUCGAGCUCUUCAUUCGAAGAAUGAUUAACAUACGGGCAGCCAUCCAGCGUCUUCUCCUGAGGAGCCCAGACACAAAAGUCAUCAUCAAAGCAGAGAACACCCGGGAGAUGUCAAUAGACCAGGAGCGAUUUGGGGACUUCCAUGGUUAUGCCCAAUACCUUGCGCUAAAGGACAUUUUUCGAGAUCUGAAGGUGGGCUUCAUUGAUGCCUGGGACAUGACAGUUGCCUAUGGCACAAACCUGGUUCACCCACCAGAUCACGUGGUCGGAAGUCAGAUUGAUAUGUUUUUGUCUUACAUAUGUUAAGGCAGUAAGAUAAACCCAGAGUGAAAGCUUUAAUUAUGCAAAGGAAAGGGUUUUGAAUGGGGCAAGACAGUCAGCUAAACAUGUGGAACAUUUUUAUCAGUUGUGUUUAGACACUUAAGGGUGUAAUAAAGCACCAAAACAAAUAACAGAUGAAGCAGAAAAUUUUGGAUCGGAAAAAGUAGCAAUUAAGGAUAUGGAACAUACUUGGUGGCUGCGGCAAGGGCUAUAUAUAUAUAUCAGAGUGGUUUACAACAAUUACCUAUAAAACCAUUCUAGCUAGCUAGCUAGCAUCUAUGUAUCUAAAAUAACACAGGAAUCAGCUAACAAUGUUGGGAAAUGGUAUUGCCUGCAUAAGCCUGACAGAAUAGAAACGUUUUCAUACGUUUAAAAGUUGAAACAGAAGGCGCCUGUCAUUGACUUUGACUCCCCCUACUGGUGCCCUCCGGCCAUACACCCCAGAUAGAUCCGUUGUUUAUUAAGCCUUUUCUUUGAUUACCAGCACCCCUCUAUCCAUGCCUACCCUCUGUAUCAGUGAGUUACUCUCCAUGUCUGAGGCCCUAACUCUCCUACCUCUUGCCACAUGCAUUUACAGACAGGUAGGGCUGGGAAAGAAACCUCCUCGCCUGAAGCGACAGUGAUGGACCAAUAGCCUGACCCUGUACAAGGGAGAUUUCUGUGGCCUUAAAAACACUGUAUGCAAGUCACGCUCACAUCUAAAACCAGAGGCAGGUGUGUUCAUUGUGCCCAGAGGCAGGCCCAGCAUCACACUCUUAAAGAUGGCUAACUUUUGUGCUGGAAAAAAUGUCUAUCCUUGGUUCAAAUAUGUUUAGAUGCCUUUUGCCAGAGCUGGGGGAUAAGCCUAUCUGUAAAGUGAAAUCUCUCUUGCUCUCGCUCUCCCAAGUGAGAGGUUUAAGCCUGCCUGUCUAUUUCAGCACUCUCCUUUGUUCUGCCUUAAUUACAUGUUUGGGGAAACCUUGAGAUUGCUAGCUUGCUUUUCUUAGUGAGCUUAGUGGCACACUCUCAGAAGAUCUCAAUUUCUCUCCUCUGGCCCUCCCCUUCUCCCAUGGCCCAACCUACCCAGGGCAAUUUCCUCUCUACAUAGCAAGGGGAAGAGAAUCAAAUACUGUACUAGCCUGCCUAUCCUGCUGAUCUCACCUGUUGCAGCUGACAUCAGGGAGGACAGCACGCAAGCAAGAAGGGAGGAGGUGAGAGACAGAGUGGAGGGCAUGGAGGAGGCUGGAGGAGGAGGUUGGUGAGUAAAAGGUUAACUGGGCUCAGGGCAGGAUCCGAGUCCAAAACCCUUCUCCAUCCCUUGUGGGUCAUGUAUGAAUAGAGACCAGCACACUUUCAGUAGGGCUUGGAAAUGCAAUUCCUCUAUUCUAUUGCGGCCUUAAUUCCAAUGAUCAUCUUUAAGCUGACUUUCUUUGUGACACCCCCUUGCCCACCCAGCAGGGGGCUGGGGUAAAGAGAGGGGUAAAGACACUCUGAAGGAGCCCAGGAUACAUCACAACAUCCUUUUCCCUUUCUUCUUACCUACGCAACUUGCUGCACCGCAUCAUGUUCCCAUUACAGGGGGAAAUGAAUGAGCUUGAACAAGUUUAGAUUGCAUAAGCAACCCUAAUAUCAUGAGAGGAUGAGCAGGAUUCUUAAUAAAGCACCCUCUGAAGUUUGAGAAGGUGAAGGCUUGGGAUGUCAGUGUCUUCAUCAUUUUACAACAUUAGACUUCAUAUUCUUUCCUGUAUGACACCGCCCAGCAUUAAGAUGUUUGCUGGCUCCCUUAAAAAUUUCCUUAAAUGUGCUUGUCAUAGCUGCCCUCUUUGUUUUCCUCUUGAAGGCACUGAACAGUUAAGUGAGUUCAACUUUGAUUUUCAGACAUAUUAAUAGAGAAGGUAAAAUAUAAGAGCAGUUUCCAGUAAUUGAAAAAGGCAAAAAAGGAAUGUAUUCAAGCAUUGCCAUAUAUGUUUUUCCUUGUUCUUCCUUGUCUUUCACUGCCAUGGACCCUUUGAAGAUUAUCUUCCUCUUCUCCCAACUGUCUUAUUGUUCAAUGUUAUGGCAGCAAACAACUUCUUUGAUCUCUGUUAUUAAUAGCAGUUAAGGGAGUGCCAUGCUGCAAUGCUAUUAAUUUAAAGGGCAACUCCCCUCUAGAUUUGUUGCUCUAGGUUCUCUAAUUUUUCAAAGUUCCUGCCUUGUUCACAGCAUUUCACUGCUGAGAUCCUGAAAGAUCCAGAUUUCUACUCCUCCCCAGGUUCAAUUAGGUGCAUUUUGAGUCAUUCUCAUAAUGCUAUGUUUCGUUUGAAAAUGAUGAGAUUUAAUUACUAUGUCUCUGGGACAUUAUUUUGAGGUGGGCUUGGGGCCAACUCCCCAUGGGACUCUGAGUCCCUUAAGCCCAUGAUUGGUCAGAGAAGAAU